AUGCCUCCUAAGCGAUUCAUCAAUACGGAUCCAAAUAUCAAUGCUCCUACGGAUGCUAAUAUCGACAGAAUUCGAGCGACGAGAAAGAAUAAUGAAAAUCUGGUGCCAUGGAGCCCAGAUUGGCCGCCCGCAUCUGAAAAUCGGCCACAGUAUCUGUUUUUGGCACCUCCUUUGGCAGUAAGUAAUGAUUCUGCUGGAACUGUCCGUACGUGCGAGGUCUGCGGACUCCAGGCCUCCAGUGACGGUUUCUACUACGAGCAUAUGAAGGGUCAGCAUCCUUGGGCUCCCCGCAGCUUUAAUCAUGGUCAAUACAGGGCCCCAGUGGUUGACCCUAAUCUAACGCCCCAGCUUCAAAUAGCGGCAUAUGACGAAAGAAUUGAAUCAACGAGGGCACUCGCGGAUGAUAUGGCAUUUGAUAUGACAAACCCAGAUGGCCCAUACCAUCUCACAGAAAUCCCCAUCACAGACACGAUGAGGGAGCGGUGUCUCUUUCUCUGGGAUAUCACCGACGGUACGGGUGAGAACGCUCCUCCGGGUACAACGCCUUAUGUGGUUCCACAGAAGCCUGCUGCUAGAAAGUUCCGAAUUGGCCGCAUCAUUGCUCCAACCCUCAAGAAUGGAUCACCUUUAACGCUCAAUACCAGAUUUCGAGACACCAGAAGAGAAUUGGCCGCAGAAUUUAUGCUUCCAACAGAACAUUUUGCUGCUGCUCCUGCUCCUGCUCCUCGUGGCAGCGACUUCGUGGUUGGCAGUUUCGUUCUAUAUCUCGACGAUGAGGCCGAGCCAUAUCCGUUCUUUCUCAACAUGGCAGGAACUUUGAUGAAGCACGUUCCAUGGCGUAUGAUCCAGCCGGUUGUUUUCCCAUGGGGAAUACCAGAAAACGUCACGUUGGCAGGCGAUGGUGUAGGUCUUCCUAUGCUUCGAUCCGUGCCGCAGUUGGCAGCUGGGACUCGGGUCGGGAGCGGUCGUGGCCCGGGUUUGCACUCCGAGGUUCAAGAAUGGGAUGCACUAGACCAAGAACUGCUGCUACAGCUUACUCCAGCAGAAAAUCGGGACGCGCUUGGCGCCAAUGCGCUGGUAAGAGUCACAGAUUAUGAAAUGAGACGUGGCAAUCUGGCGGCUGGCGUUCUUACCGAAACCUUCGAGUUUCCUUGGGGAUUGAGAUUUCAACAGGAGUGGCUGAACACUCGCAAGCAAGGCUUGGACCAAGAGCUUCGUGCGUGGACUCCCGAAGUAUAUGUUGAUGGGGCGAUGCCACUCAGAUUCCGCCUAGGAAGAAUCAUCCACCCAACCCUGAAAGAUGGUACCAGUAUAGCCGAUGCUAAUACUGCUGGGCUGAUCGCCGCGGGAAUGGUAAUGGCGAGAGGAGCUUGGAGAGAGGGUAGCUUGGUUUUGUACUUGACCGAGAACGACGCUGAUCCCAACCCUCGCUUCCGCAAUAUUAUGGGCGAAGAGCGCCACAUCCCCCAUCGAAUGGUCCAACGUCUGCAUCUCCCGUUCGACCUUCCAGAGGAUCUCCCUCGUGUCGAGUUUGGUGGUGAAGGCUUGCCAAUACUUCGGGUAGAUCAGGGCAACUGGUUCUUCCCGGGUGCAGCUGUAGACAACGAUAGCAUCCCCAGAUCCUGGAAGGCCGAUGAGCAUGAGUUACUUUUCCUGAGUACGAGUACUCCGUACGCCACGCAGACGGCCUUCGGAGAUUUUGCGGUUAUGGAUUACGAGAGAAGGACAGGCAACUACUCGGCUGCGAGUGGAGCGCGUGUAACUUGGGUUCAUCCGUACCCUUGGGGUGUCAGAGUGGGUGCUGAAUAUUUAGCUGGAAGACGAGUUGCGCGAGUAAUGCCAGCAAGCUCGCCUACAAAUUCUCAGCCAGGAUCGCCAACAGAGACUCCUGAGGAGAGAGAUGCUCGAUUAGCUGCUGAAGCCGAGACGGAAAGAGUAGCACUUCUUGCAGCGCAUGAUGCAGCGUUUGCGGCAGGAGUUCCAACACCACUCACCGUUCCAAUUGUUCUCAUAACCCCUCAGAGAUUUUCAGCACUUUCGCAAAUGGUAGAAUUGGUGGACUCUGCAACGGCGCACCCAGCCAUCAAAAGGUUGGCGGCUGAAAUUAGACUACGGAUUAACGAGCGUCAUUCAGCUGUACUGACCGCGAAGAACUUAAGAGUAGAACCCGAAGAUAUGGCUGAUUGGCGGCCAACAUACUGGGUUGAACAUUAUCGAUUGGUACUCAAUGCACCUAGAUUGACCGACACCAACAGUCUGAGGGGUCUGGGAGAGUUAAGAGCUAUCGUCACCGAAUUGAUGGGAAGAGCGAGAGCCGCUCCAAGGUUGCCAACUCCACAGCUUCUCACUAGGUUUCUACUUGAGCAAGCCGAUAUAGAGCUGACACGUUUGGCUGCAAACGCAAGCGGAACCAAUAUCAAACUCAGAGAUGCUUGCACAUCGAUUGCUGCGCUUGCUCGCGCCACGGCUGCCAAAUUAGAAGCUGCGAAUCUCACGGAUGAGAAUCCUGUAUUAGCUCUUGAGAGAGUAGCCCAAUACAAAAGGAAACACGCUGCUGCGUAUAACGCGAUAGCGGCCGACGCUGCGACGUUGAAUGCAGCAGAAACGGACACCUUUGACAGAUUGACAACGUUCAUGGACAUCGCCGCUGGUACAGUUCCCUUCUACUCCGCCAAAGUUCGUCUCAAUACUGCGGAUCUAUACUACGCUAGUGAACGUCUGAAUGAAUUGAUGGGGCCAUUCAUGAGCGGAACAAACGCAGAAUUCAAGGCAGCUUGUCUCUCAGUCGGAGCCUUUGCUCGAGAGAGAUAUGAGCUUCUUGCGCGCACCAAUCAAGGCAUAGAAAACGAAGCUCUGGUCGCCCAGAGGGCCGCCUUGUGGAAAACUAAGAAUGCUGCAUACGAAAAGGUGAAGGACUGGACAGAGCCUAAAGAUGGUAUCACCGCUAAUACUCUUAUUCGAUUGAGAGCAUAUGCAACCAACUUUGCAGGGCCGCUUCCGGCUCCGCCUGCGACAGUUGAACCUGGGUGUAUCCUUACCGCUGACUUCAGAAGAUAUGCUGAUGAGCUGAGAACAUUCAACACGCCUUCAACUGAGGAUAGCCCUGCCAGGAUUUCCGCACUUGGGCAUAUCGAGCAAGUCCGAAUAGAUUGCGAAGAGAUGUUCGCGUUGUUGACUAGACAAACCUUUACUGAGGAGACAACCGUCCACGCGCAAGCCAGAGCAGCAAAGUAUAUUCAAACAUUAGCCUUCUAUCAGAGCGCACUCCCGUCUUACCAGACUCAACUCGUACCAACAGAUCUGAGAAACUUCAACAGGCUCAUUGAGAUUGCAACGAUUUUCCGUGAUACGAUCCCUCCAUUCGGAGACUCAGAGGAAUACCAACCACCACAAGAUCCCCCGCAACGACCUCCACCUACUACUUAUCUCGGCAUCUUAGCCUCCUUAUUUGUAGAGACUGACCCGGUCAAAAUAGCAGCCGCCGAAGCUCAGAAAGCAGCAGACGCCGCAACUCAAAAGGCAAUCGACGAUGCACGAAUAAACCAAGAGAUGCGAGCCGAGAGACGCAGACGUCGACAAGCGAUCCAAGACAAGAAAAAGAGAGAAGACGAUAAAAGAGCAGCAGAUAUUGCUGCCGCCGCAAGAAAAGCCGCAGAAGACGCUGCUAGGAGAGUCAGACAGCCACCACCACCUGUCGAUCCAACAACAACAACACCGCCACCUACAAACGCAGAUGCGAUAUUAACUCUCGCCCGCUACCAAGAGUUCGUCGAAGCUCUCUACCAAAUGAGCGCUGACAACAACCCAGACUUGACGGAACAGUUAGCACUGUACAGAGGGUACUGUGACCAGCGAGUCGCCGAGUUGAUUAGAAGGCAAAUCACACAAGAGACGCAGGUCAUGGCUAAGCAAAGACGAGUCUUGAUGGGUGCUUCGAGCGCUUAUCUCUUUGACGACGCCCGCACUGUGGGCGCGAGUAUCGUUGCAGCGGGUACCUGGGCGAGCUUGCGGGUCGUGGCUACGGUUCUGAGUACCGAUCCUGCAGCUGCGGCGGCUGAGGCUAAGAGAAAGAGAGACGCGGAAGAUGAUGGCUUUGUUGUGCGGAAUGCGAAGCGGGCUAAGACUGCUGCUACUGAGGGAUGCACGACUAGUUGAUCUGUGGUGACCGAUUGGUAUAUACGAUUCUUUUACAUCGGUUAACUGUCACUCUACAAUGCUCGUUUGUUUUCUUGUUAUGAUAAGCGGCAGUGUCGAGUGAUAUAGGAAGAAUUUGUCUAUGUUGCGGAGUAGGGGCUGUGGGUUUUGUUUAUGAAUCUUUAUCUUUGCUUUUCGAAACUGUACCUGUACUUAG